AGGCAGCCCAGCGCACUGCAUCGAGCAAAAGAGAGGAAGCUACGGGCAGGAGGGUUUGUGGCUGGCGAGUACACGGUUUAGUUUAUUAAGUCAAACAAAAGUGGCAAAGAAUUGUAUUUUAUUUAUACUAGCCUGUUUCUUUUCUUUUUUUUAAUCGCGGGGUAGAAGGUAGUGGCAUUUUACGGAACACUAUAAACGUUUAUUGACAUGUAGUACUCGCUCUUAAUUACUUUCACGCCCUGAUAUGUUUUAACAUGACAAUAAUCUAAUAGUUAAUCUUGAAUUUCACCAAUGUUUUCACUUCAAACUUCGUUUUAUACGUGAAGUUGUGGACAGAACCUAGAAGACGUUGCUUUACGAGAUGUUUGGUGAGGCUGCAAGUCGAAAAGCUAAUUGGUAAAGGUUUAGCCAUCUUAUAUAGUUAGAGUACAUUGGGACUUCAUAUUAUUACUCUUAUUUUAGAAAAAAAGGAUUACUGUACGAAGCGCAGUCUUAUUUAUUAUUUUUUGUACAUGUAUACAAUACUUUAAGUUUUAUUAGCGUUGUUUGCGUAGUAAGACGGUAGGGGGCGUCUGAUCAAGAACUUGCAAUGAGGAGCAGAAGCAACUCUGGAGUGAAGCUCGACAAUUACGCGAGGAUCGUACAGACCACCAUCCUUUGUCACCAGGAUCCUGUGACAGGACUGUUACCUGCUAGUGAACAACAAAGAGAUGCUUGGGUUAGAGAUAAUGUUUACAGCAUCCUGGCUGUAUGGGCACUGGGACUGGCAUACCGUAAAAAUGCAGACCGAGAUGAAGAUAAAGCUAAAGCUUAUGAGCUUGAACAGAGUGUUGUGAAAUUGAUGCGAGGACUUCUACAAUGCAUGAUGAGGCAGCUGAACAAAGUGGAAAAGUUUAAGUACAGUCAGAGUACUUUGGAUUGUCUCCAUGCAAAAUACAACAUUAGGACUUGUGCCAGCGUGGUUGGGGAUGACCAGUGGGGUCAUCUUCAAGUUGAUGCUACAUCCCUCUAUCUGCUCUUUUUGGCUCAGAUGACUGCUUCAGGCCUUCAUAUCAUCUAUACUCAAGAUGAAGUGGAUAUAAUUCAGAAUCUUAUAUUUUACAUAGAAGCAGCCUACAAAGUUGCAGAUUAUGGCAUGUGGGAGCGUGGUGACAAGACAAACCAGGGAAUUCCAGAGCUCAAUGCCAGUUCAGUAGGCAUGGCCAAAGCAGCCCUUGAGGCAUUGGAUGAGCUUAAUUUAUUUGGAGCAGAUGGUGGCCCAGGAACAGUUGUUCAUGUUUUAGCAGAUGAAGUACAACAUUGUCAGUCUAUUCUUCACUCUAUGUUGCCAAGGGCUUCCAACUCUAAGGAAAUUGAUGCUGGCCUACUUUCGGUCAUAUGUUAUCCAGCGUUUGCAGUUGAAGAUAUGCAGCUUGUUAAUAUAACUAAAGAGGAAAUUAUUGUUAAAUUGCAGGGGCGAUAUGGUUGCUGCCGUUUCCUUAGAGAUGGGCACAAAACUCCAAAAGAAGACCCUAAUAGGCUAUACUAUGAACCUGCUGAAUUAAAGCUUUUUGAGAACAUUGAAUGUGAAUGGCCUGUCUUUUGGACUUACCUAAUUAUUGAUGGUAUCUUCAAUAAAAGUUAUGGGCAGGUACAGGAGUACAGAGAUGCACUAGAUGGCAUUCUUAUCAAAGGAAAGAAUGGAAUUAGGCUACUUCCUGAAUUAUACAGUGUACCACCUGAUAAGGUAGAAGAAGAAUAUAGUAAUCCUCACAGUGUGGACAGAGUGGCCAUGGGGAAGCUUCCACAUAUGUGGGGACAAUCUUUAUAUAUUCUUGGGAAUUUACUGGCCGAGGGUUUCUUAGCACCAGGGGAAAUUGAUCCUCUAAACAGAAGAUUUUCAACUGUUCCAAAGCCUGAUGUUGUAGUUCAAGUAUCCAUAUUAGCAGAAACUGAAGACAUUAAAGACAUCCUGCAGAAACAUGGUUUUAAUGUUGAAACUGUUGCUGAUGUAUACCCAAUCAGGGUUCAGCCAUCACGAAUUCUUAGUCAGAUCUAUGCAAGACUUGGUCGCAACAAAAGACUAGGAUUGAGUGGUCGACCUUAUAGGCGGAUGGGUGUCUUGGGGACUUCAAAACUCUACAUUAUUCGAGACACCAUCUUCACAUUUACACCACAGUUUAUAGAUCAACAACAGUUCUACUUGGCACAUGAUAAUCGAAUGAUCGUGGAGAUGCUUCGAACUGAUCUGUCGUACUUGUGCUGCCGCUGGAGAAUGACUGGUCGACCUACAGUCACCUUUCCAGUAUCACAAACCAUGCUCACUGAGAAUCGCUUAGACUUGGAUCCACCAGUUUUAGCAACCUUGAGGAAGCUGCAGGAUGGUUACUACGGAGGAGCGCGGGUUCAAACAGGGAAGUUGUCUGAGUUUUUGACAACUUCAUGUUGUGCUCAUCUAAGUUUCAUGGAUCUGGCAUCAGAUGGUAAGCUGCCCCAUGAUGGCUUUGGUAGCAAUGAUGUCUCCAUGCACCAAGGCGAUGAUUUACAUACUGCAGAGUCUCUGCAUGCCUUUCACUUUAUUGAUGAUGGCGAUGAAUAUGAUGAACUCAAUGAGUAUUUAAAUCAUCUCCUAGAGAGUGGCGCCCCAGUGAUGCACCCUCCUCCAGGAGUUCAGAAGGUUGCAGGUCUGAGUCGUUUUCGUGCUGCAGCUCAUCAAACACGGGACAUGGUUUCCUUAAUGAACAAGGCAAAAGGGCUUAAUAUACAAAAUGUACAUAUGUAUAUUCCUACUAAGCUGUUGCGCGCUGCUCAGCCAUCAUUUAACCUCUUGGAUUCUGAUCUGGAGAAAAUUCAAGAUAUUAAGAUUCCUCGUAUGGCUAUUUCAGAAAUGGAUUUGCCAAAAGAUUCAUCUGGUGAAAUUGAUUUUAAAGCAAUUAUUGAGCAGCUGAAAGAAUGUCCUUGCUUACAAGAUCAGGCAGACAUCCUGUACAUUUUGUUUAACCUCAAAGGAGCUGAUUGGGACACUGAGCUCUAUGGUCAUCCUGGCACAAGUGUUAGAGAUCUUCUGAUGGAACUUUAUAAUAAAGCGGGUGCCGUGCGUCAGUGGGGGCUCAUUCGCAUGAUUUCAGGCAUGCUGAAGAAGAAAGUAGAGGCACUUGAUGAGGCCUGCUCAGAUUUGUUGUCUCACCAAAAGCAUUUAACUGUUGGACUCCCGCCUGAACCUCGAGAAAAAACUAUUGUAGCGCCCUUGCCCCCUGAUGAGCUUGCUAAAUUAAUUGAUGAAGCCAGUGGUCACGAUAUUAACAUAAUUGUUCUAACCCAGGAAAUCAUGGUCUACUUAGCCAUGUACAUCAGAACACAACCUGCACUUUUUUCUGAAAUGUUCCGUCUUAGGAUUGGCUUAAUCAUUCAGGUGAUGGCAACUGAGCUUGCCCACUCUCUCAAUUGUUCUGGUGAGGAAGCCACUGAGAGUUUAAUGAAUUUGAGCCCAUCAGAUCUAAAGAAUCUUCUCCAUCAUAUCCUCAGUGGGAAGGAGUUUGGAGUGGAAAAAAGUGUGCGCUACACUGAUUCUGCCGUAAGUCCAGCUAUAUCAAUUAGAGAGGUGGGAAAUGUUGGCGCAACAAAGAGUGAGAGAGCUGGCAUCAGCAAACUCAAAAUGGAUAUGAAGCAAUCCUCACUUUUUCAAUCCAUUGAUGGUGAUUUUGCCGACUCUUCAACAGUGUCUGCACCACCAGCAUCUUCCCCUGGAGAUGUAGUUUCGAGUAGCCCACUGAGACCUGAAGCUACUUCUGACAGUCGACAGGGGCAGUGGCUCCGAAGACGAAGGUUGGAUGGUGCUCUUAACAGAGUGCCUGUGGGUUUUUACCAAAAAGUUUGGAAAAUCUUACAAAAGUGCCAUGGGCUUUCCAUUGAAGGUUUUGUGUUACCAUCUUCUACUACUAGAGAGAUGACUCCAGGAGAAAUAAAGUUCUCGGUUCAUGUAGAGUCUGUUCUAAACAGAGUUCCACAGCCAGAGUAUCGGCAGCUUCUUGUUGAGGCCAUCCUUGUGCUCACCAUGCUGGCUGACAUUGAUGUACCAAGCAUUGGAGGAAUUGUUCAUGUAGAGAAGAUUGUUCAUCUAGCCAAUGACCUGUUUUAUCAAGAUCAGAAAGACCUUGGAGCUAGUGAACAAAUUUUGGAAAGAGACCCUGCAACGGGUAUCUGUAAGCUGCUCUAUGACAGUGCACCCAGUGGACGUUUUGGCAGCAUGACAUAUCUUUCAAAAGCCGUUGCUACAUAUGUGCAAGACUUUUUACCCAGUGGGGGCUGUGCAGUACAGUAAAAUCAAAAUAUAAGGAAAACUACCAUGUUGGUUUUUAUAAUAUUAAAGUAAUAAGUAGAAUAUGUUUGCACAUUUUUAGAAAUUGAAAUAGGAAAAUUUUACAGUCAGUCUGUUUUUGCCGACUUUGCACAAAAUAAGGAUAGGGAUGGGUAAAAUUAGUUUUGAAAUAAACAUCAGCAUCAAAGGUCUUACAUUGAGUUAGACUGGUUGCUUGCUACCACUGACAAAUUGUAAAAUGUGAAAAUCGUGCUAUAUAACCAAGAGUGGCUGUUAACUGUCUUAUCGUCUGGCAAUGUUAAUAUCGGGGUCAUUUGUAUCCUUAACAAUACUGUAAGUUAUUAAAUGCUGCUUCAAUCCCUCUA